ACUUAGGCGUAGGCGCGUCAGGGCUUCAAGUACAGACGUCUUCACGUGAUUAAUCUCUUCGCGAAAGAUAAGGCUGCAACAAGCUGAGUAGCAUCGGCCACCACCUCGGUUUUCUGUUCAGGUUCUCGGUAUAACAGCCACAAAGUGAUAUGCAGGAUGAAGACUCAAACUUAUACAUGGCAUACACCUAACUCUCUCGCUUCGUCACGGAGAGUAUAGGAAAAUGACGCAUUAUGGACCCUCUCCAUAUGCAGGGUGCGCUUUUUAGUAGAUGCAGGUGACGAGUGUAUCGGCAGCUCGAAUUUCAAAGUCAACUCUUCAACUCAGAGCGCGUCCGGCAGUAUCUCCCCCCGCUGUUUCAGUAGCCUUCGUGGCGCCCAAGACGGGAUUGCUGAAGCAACUCGGGGGGACUUGGCACGGCGGCCAUCAGCACUUCAGCUCCAGCAAAGAGUCGCCGCAGCAUGGGUACACUGUUCUAGAACUCCCACUGUUUCAGAUUGAAGCGGUUCUUUAACUCUGAGCGAGUUUCAGCUGAGUUAUUUGGGUUUGUCUAACGUAGUCGCUAAACCAUUCCCCUAACGUCAGCGCUGCGUUCAUAAGCCUGGGUUGUAUCACGUUGACAUCUCCGUCCUGAUGACCAUGUUCCUCUGGAUCGUUUUAACCGCUAUUCUGACCUUCGCUCUGGCCAGUCUGUUGGGCAAGUUGAGGCGGAAGGGCCGUCAUCGGCCUCCGGGACCCAAACCACUGCCGUUCAUCGGAAACGCACAUCAGAUACCGUCCAAGCACGAAUGGAUCAAGUUCAAGGAGUGGGGAGACAUGUAUGGUGACCUCGCGAAAGUGGAGAUCCCUGGGGAUACGCUCUACCUCGUCAAUAAACGAGAAGUCGUGAAUGAGCUCUUCGAGGUUCGCUCAGCGAUAUACUGUAGCAGGCCUAACCUUGUGAUGGCCGGUCUUUCGGGAUGGAAGAACUCUAUCCCCACUCUGGGAUACGGGCCUCGCCUUCGAAAGUCAAGGAUGCUGUUGAAGAAGGCCAUGGGGCCAGCCGCCAUUAGAAGCUACUAUCCCUAUAUCAACAGAGAUGUCCCAUUCUUCCUACAGAACUUACUCCGUACUCCGGAAAGAUUCACUGAGCACUUCACACGAGGCGCGGCUCGAAUAGCACUCAAAAUUGCAUAUGGAUAUGAAGGCGUGACUGAGGACGAGCAAAUCAUCCAGAACGGCACGAGAGCGAUGCAAGUAUUCUCUGCAACGGUAGCACCGGGUGCCUGGGCUGUAGACACAUUUCCGUUAUUGAGAUAUCUUCCCUCGUGGUUCCCGUUUGCUAGUUUCCAGAAAUUUGCCGAGAGAGGUAAGAAGAUUACCGACGAGGCGCGCAAUGUCCCCUUCUACGAGGUGAAGAAACGUGUGGAGAGCGGUACUGCGGACGGCUCGUUCACUUCUAUGAUGCUACAAACAGAGAAAUCCGACCCGGAGACUGAGAACAUAAUCACGUGGGCCGCGUUUGGAAUCUUCACGGGACAAUUCGAUACCACCACGGCGGCUCUAUCCUGGUUUACUAUCGCAAUGGCAAAAUAUCCGGACGUCCAGAAGAAAGCCCAAGCGGAGAUCGACAGGGUAGUCGGCAAGGCCAGGCUGCCUGAGGUAGCCGACCGAGAGUCAUUGCCCUACGUCUGGGCUGUCAUGCAAGAGGUAUUUAGAUGGCACCCUACGAUCACGAUGUCACCCCGCACCGCGAUACAAGAUGACGAAUACCACGGGUAUUUUAUACCGGCAGAGACGACGAUUAUAGCUAAUUUUUGGGCAAUCUUGCAUGAUGAAAGCGUGUACCACGAUGCAGACAAAUUUAUACCCGAGCGCUUUUGUGAUGAAGGUGCCCCGGACAGCCUCAGCGUCGCAUUCGGCUUCGGUCGUAGAAUCUGCCCUGGUAUUCUCAUCGCACACCCACACGUCUUCGUCACCAUCGCGAGCAUCUUGGCGACAUUCGACAUUUCGAAGGCACGUGACGACGCGGGUAACGUCAUCGAGCCCGGCGAAGACGCAACUUCGGGCGCCAUCAACUUUCCGAAGCCCUUCAAGGUCUCUAUCACGCCCCGCUCGAGUGAGGCCGUUGAGCUAAUCCGAAAGUCCGUCGAGCACUCGAAGACGCUGCCGGACAGGCUGGAGAUAUUCUCUAUGUAGUUUCAUGGAACUCAUCGCGCUUGGCGACGUGACGGCGACGGGGAAUUUCCAAGUGGUGUUAGGGUAUCUGUUUGCGCAAAAUGAUUGGAUCAAGUGCCACCAGAACGUCAGAACCGGUGCUUUGCCUCUUCCAGCAAGGCCGCCAAUCUUGAUAUCAGCGUUCUACAAUGAGCACUUGGACGUGUACUCUAUUUUCUUGCCAAUAACCUUACAACGGAUGUUGCUUACAUGUCACCGCUUACACGCGCCUUGUUCCUACCCUUCCGCCUCCGACGCCAUCCUGCUCUUGCCAUCACCUUCGACCAUUUCUCGUACAGCUAGCUCAAACUCCGUUGCUGCCUGGCUGCUGACUCCCCGAGCACAUUUUACAUGGAAGGGGGCAAGUUCUGCCAGCGGAAGGCAAGGGGUAGUUUCUCUCUGAGCGCCUGCUGUUUCUUCACUGACACAGUAGUCGUUACAAACGACCCGAGGGUCGCCAGUGUGUAUGUUCCGCGAAGACUCUGGCAUUGCGCGGUUAUUGCCCGGGCCCGCGGUGUCCACCGUGCCAGGUGUGAUGACCUCCAGUCGCCGCAACAGCGCAGUCGGGCUGGGCGAAUUGUUGCGACUCGAGGAAGGCGGCCGACUGUGUG